AUGGAGUUUAUCUUCCUCAAGCUGGCACAGCUCGAGACUGUCGUCGAGCUUCAGCAGGUGGAGAUCCAGGAGUUGAAAGCUUGCGGAGCCUGCACGAAGCAUCAGAGCAGCAGCGCCGUGGAGGCGAAGGCGAAGGAGUCCGCAGUGGAGGCCCAGGCUAAGUCUCGUUCUCGUUCCCAUGCGCCGUUGGAGGUGCUGAAGCGCGUCCUGCGCAAGCACGACCGGCAACUUGAGAAGCGCGAGUUUGCCAGCGCUGCCUCGGAGCCGGAGCUGGUGGACUCCGGCCUGGAUCCCAAGGAGUCUGCGGCUUCGUUCAUCGGCAAGAGCGCCACAGACUCCGCAGAAUUGGCAGUGGAUCAUCUUCUUUCGGGCUGGUACGAUAUCGGAUUUGGGCACAACUGCGCAUGGUCCGCGCCCGGACUCGAGAUUUCCAAAGAGAAAAUCAAGAUGAGUAUGGGAAGGCAGAAAUGCGAGCUGAAGAUCACAGGCAACACUUACACAAUUUUCGACUUCAAGUUCGAUGCUGUGGAAGUGCAUUGGCCUGAGCCACUCAAAUCGAUCAUAAGCAUUCUGGACUGCAGUGGCAAGGACGCAAUCCAAUGCUUGGGGAUCGACAUAAUCCAGAAGGUCCCGCCUUUUAACUUUUUGGCCAAAAUGGAUAAACUGCUAGUGGAAUUCAUCCAGGUCUUUGCCAGGAUCGCUUCAAGCAUGGCCAAGACGGUUACGCAGGGAAAGACGUCCAUGAUCCAAGCGGCUGUGAGAUCCGAGUUCCCAGCCGUGGGCGCUGCACCGGUGCUGCACCACUCGGCGAGCAAUCUUCAGAUCCGCACGCACACUCAGCAGGCGCACUCGCAACAUGUGCUUUCUAGGCGAAAGCGGGAGAUGUCAACGCUGCAGCAAGCCCCUGGCGACGGUGACGAUGACGAAAAAAAACUGCCGAGGAUAGUCUCGGUCGGCUUCACCGCAAGCGAUGCAAGCUACCGUUCCAAGCUUAUCACGCAGUUUGGUGGAAGCGAGUUUGACACGAGUUCGUGCUUGGCUUUUGCACCUAAGACUAGGUCCGGCAGAAACAACAGGACCAGAAUGAAGGAUUGGCAGGUGAAGGGGGACCCAAAUGGGUUUAUUCAGCUUGAACCAUUUGCCUUGCCCUGCAGCCCCACGUUUCUGCUAAACCACUGGGACAAGUGGGAGGGCUACUCCGUUUACGGCUGGAACCUACCUGUGGAGAGGUGUCUCAGCGUCAGCUACGGAUGGGCUAUGGACCCGGUGCUUUCCUUCGCAGCAGGCUUGAGCUUCUCCUUCCUCAAAGAGUUCUUCUCGUUUGGUUUAUCGAUUUGCUGGCCCGACUUCAUGCCCGGCGGCUUUCACGUCACCUCCGUAACUGCCCAGGCGCGUUUCUUGGGCACCAGGGUGGCAAGCAUCACCUUCCGCAACACGCGCUUCCGCUUCCGCCCGGAUAUCCCUGACCAACGGGAUAACCACGUGACUUUCGGCUCAGCCAUGAUCCCGAUGGGACUACCUCGUGAUAGCAGAUUUCAGAACACCCGAGGCUUGGACCCAUUCCCGAGGUCCUGGCUCCAAAACGCCAGCAACACGCGGCAUGCACAGAACAUCUCUCAGACAGACUCCGAGGACGACGCGGGGUGGGCCACGCACGUGGAGGACCUCUACUUGGCAACCGUAGAGGUGGCAGAUGGCUUCAACAUCACGAAGACCUCAGAGUUGCGAGGCGAAGAGGUGUUGCACCGCAUGGCGGCUAUGAGUGUCUUGCAGGAUAGCGACAGUUCUUCGGGGAAUUUCCACCAACUCUUCAAGUUCAAGGUCUCUGGGUUGGUCAGCUUUGACAUCCAAGGCCUGUUGGAGGACAGCAAGAUAGACCUCGUCACAUCUUUCAAGUUUGGAGACUUUGGAGUAGACUCAGGCAGGCUUAGACUCUUUGACAUUGCCGACCUGACGCGGGACAUUCUGACCUCUAUGAAUCUCCCAUCCAGCGAGAUUGACAAGGCCGUUAGCGCCAUGAGCAACAUCACGAACAAUGACGUCAUCAAGCGUGUGCCGCCCCCGAUGAUAAAGCCCGGCAACCAGAUCGCACUGAAGAGCAAGCUACACCAGCGCUACGUUCGUAUGUCGCCCACUGGUGUGGACUCCCAAACCCAAGACACCAACCAAGAUGCGGACGAUCUAACUUGGGAGCGCUUCACGGUCGUAGAUGCGGGGAAUGGGCUGAUUGCGCUGCACUGCACGGCACACAACCGCUUCGUACGAAUGACGGAUAGCAAGGUGGAUGCGAGUCCAGUCCGAGCAAUCUCCGACUUAACUGCGGACCAGCUUUGGGAGCGCUUUCGAGUUGUCGAGCUGGCCAAGAAUCAGAUCGCCUUGCACAGCCCUGCCCACAAUCGCUUCCUCAGCGUGUCGCACGAAGGAUUCGUCUCCCGCAGCGGGCAGACGGCUUGGAACCAGCUGCCGGCAAAUUGGCAGUGGGAGCGUCUCAGCGUGGUGCCGCUGAACACUGCCCUCCAGCCCGGCAACAUGGUUGCCCUGCACAAUGCCCAAGUCCGAAGGUUCCUGAACAUGGGCCACCAGGGCGAUAUGGGUUGCAGCGGGCAUUCUUCUGGCGCAAGCCUCCCAGGCAGCUGGACUUGGGAGCGAUUCACAGUUGUGGAUGGUGGGAACGGCACGAUUGCGCUCCACAGCGUCUCCAUGAACCGCUUUGUGAAGAUGUGGGGCAGCGACAUGACUGGGAGCCCUCUUCAAGAUGCCAGCCCUUUGCCAAGCAGCUUCACGAGCGAGAGAUUUUCCCUGAGGUACUUCCCAAGCUCAGGCGGAGAAGACGUCGCCUUGCACAGUGCGAAGCACAAUCGCUUCGUCCGCAUGACGGAGAGUGGGGGCUGGUGUGGGGUCGACACCAGCGCCCAGACGAACUUGCAGGACCUGCCCUUAGACGAUGCGCAGUUGAAGUUCAAGGUCUUGAAGAUCGAUGGCCCUACCAAAGCCAGCGAUGCCGUGUACUCCUUCGAUGCCCUCUGA